GCAGAUUGUCAUUACAGUCAAUAAUGUCAUACGUCAAUUUUUGAUAUCAUUGAGGUAUAUAUAAUAAAAUAAAAUAAAUUAGUUUAUAAAAUGCUAUAAGAUGCAGAACAAAGUGGAAAAUAAACAGAGAGUUCCUCCGGUUUGUCGAACAUGUCUAACGCCUAUAAGGGGUAUAUCUUUUAGAUUACAAGAACAGUCUGGUUUUGGUAAGGGAUUGAUGUUUACACACAUACUCAGAUAUAUCGUACCAGAACUAUAUCUAGGACUGUCUACUGGACCUGAACUGUGUUUUGAAUGUAAAGAAAGUCUCAGAAUUGCUUAUACAUUUAGGAAAAGAUGUUUAGAAACAGAAGCACUAAUUGGCGAUUAUCUAAAAAAUAUGCAAUGCUCAGCUCAAGUAAUCGACUUGUCCGCUGUUAUAGAAUAUAUAAAACAGUUCAAAGGACAAUUAGAUGCACAAAGUAUAUUAUCUGAAUGGAAUGAAGAUUCGAUCGAGGAUUUUCCUCAGGAUCCUUUAAGCAACGAGGGCACGAAGCAAGCUUCUAAAACAGAUACGGUCCAUUCUGAAGAGAUCAGGACACUUGUACCACAACAACCUACCCCAGAACUGAGUACUAAUUCUAUUCUUAGUUCUAAUGCGUCUAAACAAGUUAUUAGGAAGAUAAGAAUACCGAUAUUGCCAAAACCAACCGAACCAAUCGUGGUGGAGUCUUCAAAAUGUAAAAAAAAUAAACCGACCCAACCUGAGGAGGUUAAUAAGGAAAACAAAACAUCUAAACCUCCGGAACAUCGACAACGAGUGGAAGUUUUAAAAGUGUGCCCACAAACGGGGCUAUUUAAAAAUAAGGAAGGGAAAUAUUUGAAUUUGGAAGGUAAAGAAUUACCGGAAUCAGUAGUUAGAGAGAUUAAAAAGGAGAAUAUUGAUAAAGAGCAUAAAGAAAACGAGAAAUUGUUUCCUUCAACUUUUCCAAAUAUCAAAAAUCAGGAAAAUUCAAAUAAAAAAGAACCGACAAUGGAUAAGAACCAAGGGAAUAUCUCUAAACAAAAUAAUUUAGAUAAUAUCGUGAUAGAGAAUUCGAUGAGUAUUUGCGAGGAAACGGGUUUAUUGAGAGACCAAAAUGGGCAUUAUUUCGAUUUUUCUGGUAAUCCUUUGGAAGACGAACAAGUGGAAGCGGAAAAAAGAAAAGCGAAAAUAAGAGGAGAAAAUUUAUUCAAAAUUUCCAAUAUUUGUACGGUUUCUGAUGAGGUUUUUGAUAAAGAGAAAGAUAAUCAGAAGAGCGCGUCCGAUUUUGAAGAAAAAAUCGACGUAUACCAAAUAACAAAACAGGAUACUUCCAAAAAAAACACCACCGUACCGCCCACAAUGGGAUUUGAUAAUACCGCGGGUAGUAGUAAAGAAGAUAAUUUAUUAAAGAAACAGAGUGGGUCUUCGGCAAAUAUACUAAAUUUUCAAGCGGACGAAAAUUUGAGGAUACCCCAACAAUGGAACCCGAAUCAGAUUUUCAAUAGUUCCAGCGUACUUCAGACGGCUUUGACCAAUCAACAAAUGAAAGCGGCUCACAAUCUGUUGGGUACCCAUUUGGUGUUAUCUCCUGAUAGCAGUACUGCGGUACUAAAUACCAAUAAAACUCCAUCGCAAGCUACUAGUAAACAGGUUGAGGUUACCAAUAACAAAAGUGAGUCAAAUGUUAAGAAGUUAUCUGGAAAUAUUGUUUUAUGUCCUGUGACAAUUAAAUCAGAACCAUUAGAGGAACCUGCCAAGAAUCCUUUAGCUGAUGACAAUGAGGACACUCUUAGUGCUCCCGAUUUGAGUUUAGAUGACGCUAGUAACACAAGCUCUUGGCAGAAGUUGAUAAAUUCUUUAGAUUCGUGCGACAAUAGUCAAUACGUAGACGUACCAGAAUUCGUCGAGAUACAAAAUUUUUCUUUGGAGGAUUUCUUCAAACUCAAAAAGCAGACCAAAGUACAAGAUGGCAAAGAAAAAAAUGACAAUCUCAAAAUAACUAUGUUGAAUAGUAAUAAAAAAUUAUCCGUAUUGAAACCGCCUCAGAAAAACGUCGAAAAGAAAACUUACAAUUUACCCGAUCAGUUCAUGUAUAGGGGGAGAUUGUUAAUCAGAACUGAAGACGGUUAUAAAUUAGACGACAGCGUUCCAAUUACAGGUAAUGAUAAACCGGACGGUAAUAAACCACUGAACACCGGUAUAUCAGUACAAGACUCGCCGUUGUCUAACGCCGAUAAAUGUAAAAAUUAUCGUAACAGGAAGAAGGGGGAUGAUAAAAUUUCAAUAAACAAAACGAAAUCGAACGCCGAAUAUUGUCGUAUGUACAGGAUGAGAAAAAAAAUGAUUAAACAAGAGGAACCCCAAUCGACGGACGUAAUUUCGAAUGCGACAUUGACGUCACAACAAACUAUUACCACUGAUACGCAAAAGGGGAAAAAAUUAAAAUUAACGACCGUCCGUAAAGAACAAAAAAUCCCCGAAAAAGUCCAAAUCGUCGAUAGGGAAUUGUGCGUAUUAUUCACGCACUAUACCAAAGACGGAUUUUACGUCAACGAUCACGAUUAUUUGACAUCGCCUUACGCCAGAAACAAUUUGUUGUUUUUCGAAGGUAAAACAAGGUAUUGCAUGUGUUACAUAUGCGGCGUCAAACAUUUACUCAAAGACCAUAUCAAUCACAUGAAUUCCCAUUGUUCGACGUGUCCCAGAUGUUGCGUUAAUCUCGGUACGCCCUAUAUGUUGAAUUUACACAUGAGAAUACAUUCGAAAUCUUGUCAAUAUUGUACCGAAAUCGUACCGUAUCCUUUAAUCAAAAAACAUCUAUCCGAACAUAAACGAGAAGAGGAAGAAGAAGAAACCGACGAAGACGCGUCUAAACAGAAGAAUAAGAAGAAAAGGAAACAGAUAAAACGCGAAAGGGACGACGAAGUGAGAUUUUCCGGUGUUUUACCAACUAGUGCCCGCCUUCGCAAAAAACUCGCCCGUCCGAAACGUGAGACGAGAAGUAGCGCAAAAACCGAAGAUCUUCCCGUUAACAAACUCGAAGAGGAUCCCGUAUCGAAGCGGAGAAGCAAUCGAAAGAGGGGUACGGAUACGGCGCAAGACCCAACUCCGGUUCCUCACAAUCCGUACGUUUCCCUCGAAAGGUUACCGGAUCAUUUGAUCAACAACGCCGUUGAAAAGGAAAUCGACACCAAGAUCGUUGCGCCCUCGGACGGUCACACUUUGGACAUAAAUAAUUACAAAAUGGCGAUACACGAAGCGAUCAAAAUAAAAACAGAACCCAAAUCGAGAGACGGUAAAGAUGAUAAAGAGACUGACGUUAAAGAAGAUAACGAUAAAGAUAAAACAAGAAAAAUAACGGUCAAGGAAAUCGAAAAUAGAAGAGGAAAAGAGGAAAACGACGAGAUGGUAUCGGACAAACGAGUGUUGAGAUCGAGGUUGAGGAAAAAAGAAAAUAACGAACAUCAAACGUCCAACAUCUUAGUGGAUGAAAGCGAUGAAAAUACGUCAACCGAUGAUGAAUCUUUUUCCUUCGGAACAUCCGACGAAGAAGACGAGGAGGAAGAAGACGAAGAAUUCAUGGAGGACGACUGAGGGAAAAGAAGACAUUCGGAAUGUGUAUUAUUUUGUAUAUAAACAUUUUUACGUAAUUUAUUUAUAGAAUUGUGAAAAGAAAUGAAAAGAUGACAUAUUAAUAGUAAAGGGUGUCCCAAAAUUUUGUUCGGCGGUCAUGUUAAAAGUUUCUUUGUAUUUUUUUAUUUUCGGAAAAAGUUUUAAUUUUGAAAUAUUGUUGAUUGUUGUUAAUUUUUUUAGUGAAACCAUUUGUCGAAUGUUUUUACUGAAACGGUAAUGAUCAAUUGAAUAUUUUUUGGUACACCCUGUAUCAUAUGAGAUAUUGUUGAUGAAUCUAUAUACAUUGAAUGUUUUUCAAACUACUGUUCAUUAUGAGUUGAUUUACCUAUUCGUGAUUGUAAGAUCAGUUUUCUGUACCUACACUUUUUUUUAAUCGAAAAUAAAUAGUAUUUAGAAUAA